UAUUUUGUGUCCAGGAACUCUUGUUCAACUCUAGACUUUUAACUCUUUACAUAGCAGCCACUGCAGAAUUUGCACGUUUCUGUUUUCUCUUCCUGAGAUGGGUGUAAAUUGAUAUCGGAGGUCCAGUUAUCAAAAGCAGAAGUGAAACAGACUGCAACCAGAAGAAAAAGGGAAGGAAGGCUGGUUUAUUGGGCAAAGACUGAAUACUUGAUCCAGAGGUUUUACAAUUAUACAUCCACCAUCUAACACCAAAAUGAGUUCUCCAGAUUUCAUCCGACGUGAUUUCAAGAUUAUCCAUGGCUACCCUAUGGUUUAUGCCUUUACAUUCAACUGGGAAAGGAUUGAACAGUUCCAAUGCAGGCCAGAAGAUAUUUGGAUAAUCACUUAUCCCAAGUCUGGUACCACAUGGAUGAGUGAAAUCAUGGACUUAAUUAAAAAUGAUGGUUUUGCUGAAAAACAGAAAAAUGUUCCAAUUACUGACCGUAUCCCAAUGUUAGAGUCAGCAGCUCCUGGAAUAUUACCCACAAGUACAGAUGUUUUAGAAAAGCUGCCAUCUCCUCGAUUUGUGAAGAGUCACCUGCCAAUUCCCCUCCUUCCUAAGAAUUUCUGGGAGAGCAACUGCAAGGUUAUCUAUGUGGCUCGGAACGCCAAGGAUGUGGCAGUCUCCUAUUACCAUUUUGACAGAAUGAAUAAGUUCCACCCCGAUCCAGGCACAUUUGCUGAGUACCUAGAGAAAUUUAUGUCUGGGAAUGUGGGCUAUGGCCACUGGCACGAACAUGUCACGAGCUGGUGGGAAAAGAAGAAAGAUCACCCUAUACUCUAUCUGUUCUACGAGGACAUAAAAGAGGACCCAAAGAGAGAAAUUAAGAAGGUGUUGCAAUUCCUAGGGAAGAAAUUUGAUGAAGAAACUUUGGACAGAAUUGUCCAACACACAUCCUUUGAAUCCAUGAAAGAUAAUUUAAUGGUGAAUUACAAGUUACUACCAACUUCUUUGAUGGACCAUAAAAUCUCUCCUUUCAUGCGCAAGGGGAUUGCUGGUGACUGGAAGAACUACUUUACUGUGGCACAAAAUGAGAAAUUUGAUGCAGAUUAUGAGAAAAAGAUGAGGGGAACAACUCUGAAGUUCCGAACUGAAAUCUGAAAAAAAAAAAAGUUUUAUGUAUUAAGUAAAUUUGUUGCAAUUACAUUUCAAUAAAUAUCUCUAAUAAAAGUUUUUCCCCUCAACCUACAAAAUAAAA